AUGGCCAUAUUUACCACUAUUCUCAACCAUUCUGAUACAUUGUCUCCUGAAUAUCUGCGCCCGACGAAAAGCGAGCUUCAGUUUUCUGGUGCCAAUGUCGUUGAGUGUGACGGCUUCUGCAAGUUGGAAAAAAUGACUGCUAUUGCAGACCACUCGCAAGGUUUCGUACAUGUCGAUCAUUACAUUGACUGGUGCAACAUGUAUGGAGUGGAUCAGUUGAUACAGCGGGAAGUUAGGUCCAUUGUCAAUAAAGCUGCGGGGAUUUGCAACCAGUUUAAUACUCGAAAGCGAUUAAGGAACGUUUCAUGA